AUGGCUGAACGAAAUAAGAGGAACCGAAACAGGGUUCCACUGAGCUGCACGAUAUGCAGAAAGCGGAAGGUAAAGUGUGACAAAUCUAGACCUCAUUGCGACCAAUGUGUUAAAACAGGAGUAGCGCAUUUAUGUCAUUACAUGGAGCAGACAUGGGCGGAAGAAGCGGAAAAAGAGCUUUCUAAAGAAGCAGAGCUUAAACAACUCCGAGAACGGAUCAAAGCGCUCGAGAAGACGUUGUCCAAGAUGCAUGCUGCUAGCAGCGGUACGCCAGAGAGUACAUCGGCAGCACUUGAGGAGCCCAUGGUGCUUCACGAAGCACAAGAAUUAGAUCAGGAACCUAAACUUGGCAACACUAGCAAAUACGACAACGACGAGCUGGACCUCACACGACAAUUUGAUAUGCUGCAUUUAAAGAACAGUGGUACCGUUCACCUUGGUGCAACGCACUGGCUCGCAAUCAUGAAAGGUGACCCGUAUCUCAAGCUUCUGUGGGGCCACAUCUUCACAAUGCGCGAAAAGAUGUCUGAGUGGGUCAUGAAAAAGCGAAAUGGUUUGGGCGUAAAUGGCACUGGCAACCGAGGGUCCCCUAGCGCUAAUGGUAGGUGUCCAGUGAUACAUCAAUCAGCUUCAUCAGGAUGUCCCGUUUCAGGUAUGACGCAGUCCUCUCUCACUGGUGACAAUAAGGAGAUCAUGAAAUGCCCUGUGGACCAUCGGGCCAUGCUUUCUGCGACUCCGAGUGACAAUAAAAUAUCUGCAUCGCGACCGGGCUCGGCCACUCCAACUGCAUCUUCUCAGGCAUCGAAAGAGUCUACCCCUAAGUGUCCCUUUAAUCAAGCACCACACCCUGUAAGACAACCUCCUAAGUGCCCUGUAGCGCACAAACAGACGCAGGGAAUACAAAACUUAGGAAGGCAGUCGCCGAGUAGUGAUUCACAGCCCAUUACGUUGCCCUCAUUUGAAAAGCUUACUUCAAAGUGCCCAGUCAUUCACGAUGCGUCACCACCCCCACCUAUCGGACUAGGUCCAAAUCCAGAAAACAAGACCCAAGAUCAAGCUAUAGCUGAACUGUGCAAAUUGUUGCCACCUAAAAGAGUGAUCGCAUCGAUACUUGAUAAAUUCUUCAAGUACAUAUACCCAGUCAUACCAAUUCUAGACGAGCAAAGUUUCAAGCACCAAACGAAUCAAAUUGUGCAGGUCAAGGAUGAUGGCAUAUCUUUGCAAUUAACAAAGCCUUCAGAUUGCUGUACACUGGGUAUAUUAAUUAUCAUUUUAAGACUUACGUGGCUCUCUCUUCCGCAAAAUGCCUGCAGUGUAGAUCUGGGACCUCAAUGUGGGACAUUUCUAGUUCCAAAAGUGACAACUUCAACAGUAGCACAGUCUCGGGAAGAGCAAUUUCUUUUGAACUAUGAGACACCUGCUGAAGCAAUUCAAUUAGUUCGCAAGUACUUGAUUCGACUUGAUGAGUUGACAAGCUUUUCAAACAGCAAUGUUAAUCUAACAACCGUACAGUUUGCUAUUUUCUACAAACUAUACCUAAUGUGUUGUACCGAAAAAACUGUCGAUACACAGCUCAACACUUUCACAUCCACCAGUCAGGAUAACGAGGCCCAUCAAAUGUUGUUGUCGAGCAUUGUUCAAAUGGCCUUCAGCUGUGGCCUUCAUAGAGAUCCCGACAACUUUCCGCAACUUACCGCUAAUACAAAGGGGAAGGUCAAUAAAGAAGCUGUAUCUAACGCUGAAAGACUUAAGCAUACCUGGCGCAAGACCUGGUACGUUAUUGUAUCCCUCGAUGUGCAACAAUCCACAUCCUUGGGAUCCCCACGAUUGUUGCGUAACCUACGGGAUUUCAGUGACACGAAACUUCCCUGCACAUCGAAAAUAGAUUAUGUUCGUGAUAUCAAAGAGUUGGUGGUGGUCAAGAACUACACAUUGUUCUUCCAGAUCGAUAUUUGCAUAGUUGCCGUCCUAAAUCACAUUUUGAAUGUUUCGAUGGCUAAAACUGUUAGGAAAUUUGAACUGGACUCUCUCAUUGAGAUCUUGAAAAACAUUUGUUUCGGUGACGGAAAUGUAAGCGAAGCAAUAACAAAACUCAUAAAUAGAGGACUGUUAUUCACAACGGAGGGAAGCGUCGAUCAGUCAUUCGAUGAAUUUUAUCCGUUACCAUCAUUAGACGAAGUUCUUUCUCCACUGCCUCCCUCUGAUAACGAAAAGGAUAAAAAGGCGAGCCAUCCACACGAAAUGACUACUCGGGCUUUGUUCUUUUCAAAGCAUCUCAUGUUGCGAAUGCUUCUUUACUUGCUGAAUUAUAUCUUGUUCACAUAUUAUGAGCCCAAAGGAGAAGCCGAUCCCGGAACCCGACUUCUAGCUAAAGAAUAUGCACAAGAAGCUUUGAAUUACGCUAUGGAUGGUUUCAGAAACUGUCUUUUAUUUUUCAGCAACUCAAAGAGUAAUGAAAGCGGGAAUGCAUCAGUAUUCAACCACAUGGAGGUUUUGCUAGCCCCUUACUGUCUAGAUAUUGGCCACCGAGCUUUGCAAUUUAUGGUCUGCUUAAUUUUGCGGGCUCGGUGUGGACCCUUAACAGGUAUGAACGAAAGUCCGAUCGUAAACAGCGGAAAUAACACAAGUAGCAGCGAGGAUGAAAAUGAAAGCGGGGCGGCCAAUGUUACUAGGAAGGAAAUUACCGCAGAGACGACGGAUCUUACCAGAGAUAUAGACCUUGACGUGGGCGACGAACUGGCUGAAAUUUUGAUUACGCGUAUGGUCUUGUUUCAUAAACUAACAAAGCAGAUCUCGGUCAAGUAUUACUACGCUCGGCGAAUGAUGAAAUCGACUGGAUUUUUUAUUACACUCCUAAAGACUCCUUCAGGAAAAACUCCUACUUCAGAUAAGAGCUCGAAGAAUUCUCAAAACACCUCCUUCAAAUUCCACCACCCAAGUAUCGCUAAAAUGACGGGGUUUUUUAAGAAUGUGCCCUCAUUGGUGAUGUCAGCUAAUGGAGAUCAAAUCAAAAGAUGUCCAGUGUAUCAAGAUGCUAUUGGGUUUUUGCCUGCUACAAAUCUGGGCACUCCCGGGCAGCGAGUUUUACCCGAAGGCUCCACUCAGCAACUGCCUCCGCUAUUCCGAGCAUAUCAGCCAAUAACCUACACGAGCAACGACUUGCGACGUACGUCCGAUGUCAGAGACUCUGAUUCAAAGAGGCGUAAGCUUACAACUGGCUCUUCCCGGCCCGUUUCCCCUUCAGAAGCAUCGAUCAAAAAUGAGAGCUGGAAAAUGCAUUCCCCACCUGCGCCCAACUUCGGUACGCCGCAAGUCCUGCCUCCUGCUUCACCAGCUUUGAAACACGAAAUUCCUCCUCUAAUGCAGAGCAUACCCACGACUUCAAACUCCGGUAAUGCAGAAAGAAACGGCUUUUUACCCUUCAAUGGACCCCAAGCGGGUAUAUCCCCCGCCGCAAUGUCAGAAAAUUCAUCUUCUGCCGACUACGCGCCAGAUUUCGAAGACUUUCUAAUGCAAAAUUCCAAUUUCAACGGUUUAAUGAUAAACCCUUCAUCGAUUGUUGAGGCUGUUGGUUUUGACAAUUAUAAUAGGCACGACAAUGGCAAUAACAUGGGGGUAACUGCCGACUUUCUGCCCAUUGAUAAUUCUGACAUAGACGGUCUGUGUGAGUUGCCUCCAGCAAAUUCAGGAUUUCCCAUUUGGGAGUGA